CAGAGUAUCUGCCAAGCGCGAGCUGCUGUAAUGGUCUACGAUGAUGCCAAUAAGAAAUGGGUACCAGCUGGUGGAUCAACUGGAUUCAGCAGAGUUCAUAUAUAUCAUCACACAGGCAACAACACAUUCAGAGUAGUGGGCAGGAAGAUUCAGGAUCAUCAAGUGGUAAUAAAUUGUGCCAUUCCAAAAGGACUGAAGUACAAUCAGGCUACGCAGACCUUCCACCAGUGGCGUGAUGCUAGGCAGGUGUAUGGUCUGAAUUUUGGCAGCAAAGAAGAUGCCAACGUCUUCGCAAGUGCCAUGAUGCAUGCCUUAGAAGUAUUAAAUUCACAGGAAGCUGGUCCUACAUUGCCUCGACAGAAUUCACAGCUUCCCUCUCAAGUACAAAAUGGUCCAUCACAAGAAGAACUGGAAAUCCAGAGAAG